CCAAUCUCCACCGUCCAUUUUAAAUUUUAAUCCCCUUUUCCUCCCAUCCAAAUGGACCCCUUUCACUGAAAAUCCAGUAACAAGCGAAACCAGCUUAUAGCUUAGCUAAUUCAUCACCAAAAUCUUCCAAGAUCUGACAUGAAAUGAAACCCUAAUAUCUUAUUUUUCUUAUCUCAAGAACAUAAUUGCAGGAAAUCGAUUUCGUAUUCUGUUUUUCAAUUCCACUUUCAGAAUGUUGAGAGAUUUCAAAUUCUUGAGGCGAAACACAAGCAAGAACGAGGAAGUGGAGAAUGUUCCAGUAAACCCUAGAGAUUCACUAGCUUCUCAACAGAGCAAUGACGGAUCGAGUAGGCCUCCUCUCAACACGAUUCAAGAUCCAACGACAAAACCUAAACUGGAGCAAGAAGGAAGUGUUCGAAGCCGAAUCGAUAGAACUCCGACUAAGCCUAAACCUAAACUGCCGGAUUCGACAUUGCCUCUCAAAACACCAGAUAAACAUGGGUUUUUGUCGAAAACUAGGUAUGGUUGGGCGAAGAAUGAAGCAGCUGAAUCGGAUUCGCGUAAUGCGGGGACUACAAAUAUGACACCAAGGGUGAGUAGGGGAAUAGGGAAGGCAACUUCGAGUUGUUAUUCGGAGAGUAAUUCAACACAGAGUACGCCAACAAAGAGUGUUAGUAAGCCUCCGGUUUCGGGUUUUAGGAACAAAUUUGAUGGGAAUGGAGGGAUGCGUGGAGGGAAUUUUGCUGCAUUGUACAGAGGAGUGCCUAGUUCUUCUGGUGGCCCGGUUACUGUUGUCAAUACUGUUGAAGUUCCUCACUUCGACCUUAAGGAAGACCCGUCAUUUUGGAUGGAUCACAAUGUACAGGUUCUUAUUCGUGUCCGUCCUCUUAAUGGAGUAGAGAAGAGCACAAAUGGCUAUAACAGAUGCUUAAAGCAAGAAAAUUCUCAGACUAUCGCUUGGAUUGGGCAGCCAGAAACUAGAUUCACGUUUGAUCAUGUGGCAUGUGAAACAGUAGACCAGGAAAUGCUUUUUAGGAUGGCUGGUCUGCCAAUGGUUGAAAAUUGCUUAUCAGGCUAUAAUAGCUGUAUGUUUGCCUAUGGCCAGACAGGAAGUGGAAAGACAUAUACAAUGCUCGGAGAGAUUGAAGAUUUGGAAGUCAAGCCAAGUACACAACGGGGAAUGACACCACGGAUAUUUGAGUUUUUGUUUGCAAGAAUUCAAGCUGAAGAGGAAAUCCGAAGAGAUGAGAAGUUAAAAUACAAUUGCAAGUGCUCUUUCCUUGAGAUUUACAAUGAACAAAUAACUGAUCUUCUUGAUCCUUCUGCUACCAACUUACUUCUAAGGGAGGAUGUUAAGAAAGGAGUGUACGUGGAAAAUCUCACUGAAUUUGAAGUUCAGACCGUGAGCGAUAUUUUGAAGCUUUUAUCUCAGGGUUCUCUAAAUAGGAAAGUUGCAUCAACAAAUAUGAACAGGGAGAGCAGUCGUUCACAUAGUGUUUUUACAUGCGUUAUUGAGAGCAGGUGGGAAAAAGAUUCCACAACUAAUUUACGGUUUGCAAGAUUAAACCUGGUUGAUCUUGCUGGUUCAGAAAGGCAAAAAACUUCUGGGGCUGAGGGUGAGCGUUUAAAGGAAGCAGCUAGCAUAAAUAAAUCUCUAUCAACACUAGGUCAUGUAAUUAUGAUUCUUGUGGAUGUGGCUAACGGAAAGCAACGACAUGUUCCAUAUAGAGACUCAAAGCUCACCUUUCUUCUUCAGGAUUCACUUGGUGGAAAUUCUAAAACAAUGAUAAUUGCUAAUGUCAGCCCUUCUAUCUGCUGUGCAAUUGAAACGCUUAACACUUUAAAGUUUGCUCAGCGAGCAAAAUUAAUACAAAACAACGCUGUGGUGAACGAAGAUUCCACUGGAGAUGUCAUUGCACUACAAAACCAGAUACGACUUCUAAAGGAAGAGCUUUCUGCUCUUAAACGUCAGAAUGUGUCCCGGUCCCUGUCUUUUGGUGCAGCAAUCACUGGUACAGUGCAAUUGGAAGAAAGUCUUGAUGAUGGUAACACGUAUGAUAUGUGUCUGGAAGAAGAUGAUUUGGGAUAUGAAUCCAAAGGCACUGUGAGAAUGUCCUUUAAGCAGUUAAACUCUUUGGAAGCAACACUUGCUGGUGCCUUGAGAAGGGAGAAAAAGGCAGAAACUUCUAUCAAAAAGCUUGAAGCAGAGAUUGAACAACUGAAUCGUUUGGUUCGUCAAAGAGAAGAAGACACCAGAAGCAGUAAAAUGAUGCUUAGGUUUCGUGAAGACAAGAUUCAAAGAAUGGAAUCACUUGUUCGUGGCUCAUUACCUGCAGAUUCUUUUUUGCUCGAAGAGAAUAAAGCACUCUCUGAAGAGAUUCAGUUACUUCAGGCUAAAGUUGAUAAAAAUCCUGAAGUAACUCGUUUUGCAUUGGAGAAUAUAAGGCUUUUAGACCAACUUAGAAGAUUUCAAGAAUUCUACGAGGAAGGGGAAAAAGAGAUACUAUUGGACGAAAUAUCCAAACUGCGGGAUCAGCUGCUGCGAUUUCUUGAUGGGAAGUCUAAUCAUCUUAGCUGCCCGAGCUCAAAUGAUCGUCUGCAGGAGGCUGUUCGCAUCAGCAAAGAAAAUGACUCCCUACAGUCUGAGUUAAAAAACACUCUCAAUGAGUUAGAAGAAUGCAGGCACAACCUUAAUUCUUGCUUGGAGGAGAAUGCAAAACUUAGUAGAGAAAUUAACAAUUUACAUGCUAUGUUAAAUAGCCUCAAGUCUUCAGCUUGUCAUCAAGAUGGCAACUCCAAAGCCGUAAAGGAUUCAGACAGAAAUGGGGAAACAAUGGAGAUGAGUUCAGUUCAGAAAAUGACAAGUGAGGAACAAAUUAUGGAUUUGCAGUUGGAAUUGGAUAUACUAAAGAUUAUUCUUCAAGAAGAGAAAACAUCUCAUGCUGUAGUUGAAGAAAGAGCGGACUGCUUGACUAGAGAUCUUGAGAUGGCAAAAGGCAAACUUGUGAUGCUGAACAAAGAAAUCGAGGAUGCAAAUGGCGAACUAGAGGAGGCAAAGUCUGUAAUUGAAGCACUUGAGUCCCAACAAAUUUUUUCAAUCAACGAGAUGGAGGACUUGAGGAAAAGCAAAAGUGAUCUUGUAAAGCUUUUGAGUGAACAGGAAGCUGAAAUUGCUGCCUUGAAAAAGCAACUUUCCGGUAGAACUUUUAAAGAUGCUGCACCACCUAAAAAGAUAGAGAGUGAAGAAUCCAGCCUACAGCUGAAAUUGAAGAGGAUGCAUGAAUCCCUUGAGAAUGCCAAAAAGAUGAAUAUCUGGUACCAAACUGAUCGUGCUUUUAAGGCAUCUAAUGAAGAAGAAGUGGAUGAAAUCUGUCGGCAGGCUGAAGCUGAAACUGCUGAGGUUAUUGUCUGUUUGCAGGAAGAACUUACUCUUCUUCAGCAACAAAUCCAAGAUUGUCAUUUGAAGGAGGUGGAGGCUCAAAAUGGUGCUGUCUUUUUAGAAACUGAGUUGAAGGAAUUGCAAGAAAAGGUAGGUAUGUUGACUGAGGAUAAUAAACAGUUACUUGGAAGGCUUGAAAUGAAAGAUGGGGAACUAAGAACAUUAAUGGAAGAGUGGGAACUGCUAAGUUCUGAGAUUGAAACUAUACUAGCUGAUGGUCACGAGGAACUUGUUGAUGCUGGUAAUCAACUGGAACUCCUUUCCAGUUCUUUUCCACAGAGAAGGAUUUGGAUUUCUGAGAAAGUUGGUAGGGUGGUCAGAGUACUCUCAGAAAAGGAAUUACUGAUUGAAGAGCUUGGAAGAUGCCUGGAGGAUGCAACAGAUAAAAGAAGUGAGCUGGAGUGCAUGCUGAAGUCUUUGAGAGGUGCUGCACUGAUUCUUAAUGAAGCACAGCAGCAAGAAUGCAAUGAAAAAGAGAAAGAAAUUGUUCUACUGAAGAAAGAACUGAACGUAAAAACAUCAAUCAUUAGAAAGCUUGAGGACAGAAUGAAGAUGGCUGAAGAUGACCUGAGAAAUGCAUCUACUUGUGCAUCUGUUGCUUUUGUACUUGUGAAUAGAUUAUCAGAGGCAAACCAUAAUCAUCUCAAUGCAUUGAAGGGUAAGGACGAACAACUUGCAGAAUCAGCAGAGGCGAUCUUGAGUAAGGAUGCUCUUUUGAUCAACCAAGCUACCAUGAUUGAAGAAGCAGAAAAACAUAUUCAUUCCCUUGAAACUGAAGUUGAAAAGUCAGAGGAAGCUUGCACUGAACUUAGCCAGAGGCUUCUGGAGGAGGAGCAGCGUGCUGCUGCUAUUGAACAAAAGCUUGAAGAUAUGGUGGAGAAUGACAUUUUGAAGACACAGGAGGAGCUGUCUAAUCUUAAGGACAGAAUGAAGAUGGCUGAAGAUGACCUGAGAAAUGCAUCUACUUGUGCAACCGUUGCUUUUGUACUUGUGAAUAGAUUAUCAGAGGCAAACCAUAAUCAUCUCAAUGCAUUGAAGGGUAAGGACGAACAACUUGCAGAAUCAGCAGAGGCGAUCUUGAGUAAGGAUGCUCUUUUGAUCAACCAAGCUACCAUGAUUGAAGAAGCAGAAACACGUAUUCAUUCCCUUGAAACUGAAGUUGAAAAGUCAGAGGAAGCUUGCACUGAACUUCGCAAGAGGCUUCUGGAGGAGGAGCAGUGUGCUGCUGCUAUUGAACAAAAGCUUGAAGAUAUGGUGGAGAAUAACUUUUUGAACACACAGGAGGAGCUGUCUAAACUUGAGGACAGAAUGAAGAUGGCUGAAGAUGACCUAAGAAAUGCAUCUACUUGUGCAACUGUUGCUUUUGUACUUGUGAAUAGAUUAUCAGAGGCAAACCAUAAUCAUCUCAAUGCAUUGAAGGGUAAGGAUGCUCUUCUAAUCGACCAAGCUACCAUGAUUGAAGAAGCAGAAAACCAUAUUCGUUCCCUUAAAAUUGAAGUUGCAAAGUCAGAGGAAGUUUGCACUGAUCUCCAGAAAAGGCUUUUUGAGGAGGGGCAGCAUGCUGCUGCUAUUGAACAAAAGCUUGAAGAUAUGGUGGAGAAUGACAUUCUGAAGACACAGGAGGAGCUGUCUAAGCUAAGAACAGGUGUAUCCACACUCAGGGCUCACAUGGGCAUGCAUAGAGAUAGUGACAGAAGCCCUGAAAGAAGUGUUAAAGAAAACCUUUAUGCCUCUAAUGAUGGCAGGGAUGAAAGACGGUCAAACAAAAGGGCAGAUGCCAAGAAUUUGCACUCUCUUCAGAGGCAGGAAACUGGUACACCUGAUUGUUCUUUAAAAGUUGUAGAGAGUCUACAUGGAUCUCGAUGUGAUGAGAAAACUAUUGAGUCUGGAAACACUUGCAAGAACAAGUGCAAUAGAGAUGUGACUAUUAUUCUUCUGAAAAAGGAAAUAGAAUCUGCCAUGGAAAGCUUGAAAGAGGUUCAAGCUGAGAUGGCCAGAAUAUGCAAUGAAAAAGAGGAGAUUCGGUUGUCUGAGAAACAGAGCAAGGAAGGCCUACAGUGCCUUGCAGCACAUGCGCUUGCUCUGGAAGAAGCAAUGAAUGACUACGGAAAGCUGUUGGAAGUCAAGAUUGGAGCUGUCCAUCAAAAGAUAAAUACUGUUGAGCAAACCAUGCAAGAAAUCUGUACUCAUUGGUGCCAGACAAAAGAGUUCCUUGAACUUGAAGUUGGCGAUGCAAAGAUAAUUGCAACUCAGAAAGCUUCAGAGGCUUCUUGUAUUCUUGCUAAAUUUGAAGAGGCGCAAGAUACCAUAACAGAAGCAGAUAUUAUGAUCAAUGGGCUCAUGAUUGCUAAUGAAAAAAUGAAACUUGAUAUCAAGAGGCGGAAGCAAGUGGAAACUGCGCUACUAAAUGAGAGGGAUGAACUAAUUAAUCAGGUUAAAAGUUUGCAAUCCAUUAAUACUGUGAAGGACCAGCAACUUGAAGACCUUGAAGAGCAGUUUGGUUCAAGUUUGACAGAGACGAGAUUUAUGGUUGCUGAACUGGAGGGUCUCAUCACUGAACUGCAAACUGCUUUUUCUCAGAGUGUCAAGGCUGUAGCUUGUGAUAGUCAUUGCCUUAAGUCUCUUCUGUUUGAUUCAAUGAAGCUAGCACGCUCAUGGCUUGAAGAUGUCUGGUCAGAGAUAAUUGUGAAAGACUGUGCAGUGUCAGUUCUUCACUUGUGUCAUAUGGGAAUUUUGUUGGAAACUUUGACAGGGCUGAAUGCAGAAAAUGGUUUGCUUCAGCAUGGAUUGUCAGAGUCAAAUGCUGUUAUAGCUGAUUUGAGGGAACACAAUUCCAGGUCAAGAAGAGAGCUUGAAAUGUGUAGAGAUAUUAAGGGAAAACUUCUAGCUGAUAUUAAGAAUAGUUUUGAUCGAAUAUCAAAGAAGGAAGAGGAAACUGGUGAGCUUAGUAUCAAAUUAGUCACUUUUGAGAAAAAGAUAUCUGCAUUACAGUUUCAAGAGGAAGUUAUGUUGCAAAGGUCUAACUAUAUGGGAUCUCAGCUUGCAGUUUUAAUGAAGGAAUUAGAUUUGAGUAACACAAAUUUUGUAUCUUCCCUUCUUGAUCAAGAGCAACUGCUCAAAGAUAAAGAAGUGCAGCUGGAAUCUCAGGCUGAGAUUUCUAUGGUAGACUUAUGUACAAAAGACUUUGAGUCUCUUAUUUUCUCUUCAGAGAUGAAACAAAAGAUUGUCCACUUAGCUGACUCUGGGAAAAAGCUUACCAAUGCUUAUGCUGUCCUUGAUGGUUUAAAGAAGGAAAUGACUUUUACAAAAUUAGAUGCAUGUUUGAAAGAGCAGCUAUUGGUGGAGCGGGAAAGUGAGUUGUCUUUUCUCCAAGAAAAAGUUGAAGAAGCACAGAUUGAGUUAAGAAUGUUGAAGAAAGAGAACUGUCUACUUCUCCAGGAUUUGGAGGAGCAGAAAGCUGACUCUGGAAAAAAGCUUGCCAAUGCUUAUUCUGUCACUGAUGGUUUAAAGAAAGAAAUGAUUUUUGCAAAAUUAGAUGCAUGCUUGAAAGGGCAGCUAUUGGUGGAGCAGGACAAUGAGUUGUCUUUUCUACAAGAAAAAGUUGAAGAAGCACAAAUUGAGGUAAGAAAGAUGCAGAAAGAAAACUGUCUGCUUCUCCAGAAUUUGGACGAGAAGGAAGCAGACACCGGAAAAAAGCUUACCAAUGCUUAUGCUGUCAUUGAUGGUUUAAAGAAAGAAAUAAUUUUUGCAAAAGUAGAUGCAUGUUUGAAAGAGCAACUAUUGGUGGAGCAGGAAAGGAUAUCAAAGUUUAUAGAAGAGUUUGAGUUCUUAGAGAACCGAACUGAAGAGCUGGAAUCUGAAAAUAUGAAUCUUCAUGCAGAGUUAUCAAGGAAAGAUGAGGUUUUAAAGGGUCUUUUAUUUGAUCUCAGCCUGCUACAAGAGUCUGCUUCUAAUACCAAGGAUCAAAAAGAUGAAAUGGAGGAAAUGGUUUCUACUUUGGAGGCUUUAGAAGACGAGCUUGCUGUAAAAUCAAGUGAACUUAGCGAGGCUGUUAGUCAUAGUCAUAUGCUCAAAGUGCAACUGCAGGAGAAGCUAGAGACGGUCACCAGUCUUCAGUUGGAUAUUAAAGGCGAACGUGAGUCUUUGAAGCUUCUCUACUCUGAAAAUCAGGAGCUGAAAUCUCAUCUUGAGGAUGCCUUGGUAGUAAAAAGUUCUCUUGAAGAUGAAUUAACAGAGAGAAAGAAGAUCACUGAGAGCUUAGAGGUGGAAAUCUCAGAAAUGAAUAAUGCCCUUUCCGAAAUGAAAGAUACCAUAGAGUUCUUGAGUAGUAAUCUAAAUGAAGUUUCGUGCGAAAGAGAUGAGCUUCACAUGGAGGUGCUUAGCUUGGAAGAAAAGCUUAGAAAGGCACAGGCUGAGGCGAAACAAAGUGAAGCCAUUGCAAUGGAAGCUCAACAGAUGGCUGAAUCAAAGAAGACCUAUGCUGAAGAGAAGGAAGCUGAGGUAAAACUAUUAGAGAGAUCUGUUGAAGAGCUAGAAUGUACUAUAAAUGUAUUGGAGAACAAGGUUGACAUUAUCAAAGGGGAAGCUGAACGUCAGCGAUUACAAAGAGAGGAGCUAGAAUCAGAGCUGGAUGCUAUAAAAGUUCAGAUGCAGAAUGUUAAAAAUGCUGAUGCAGACAUGAAAAGGUGUUUGGAUGAGAAGACGAAGGAUCUUCAACAAGCACUUGAUCAGAUACAAAUUCUUGAAACUGACAUAUCUGACAAGGAUAGAGAGAUUGCCCAAUGCAUAACACAUAUUUCUGAACUAAAUGUGCAUGCCGAAGCCCAGGCAAAGGAGUAUAAGCAGAAGUUCAAGGCAUUGGAAGCCAUGGCUGAACAAGUUAAACCUGAAGGUUAUGCCAGCAAUGCCCAAAGUCAUUCAUCAAACAAGUUAGAGAAAAAUAUGGCAAAGCCUCGAGGCUCUGGUUCCCCAUUCAAAUGCAUUGGUUUGGGUUUGGCACAACAAAUGAAAUUAGAGAAGGAUGAGGAUCUUACUGCUGCAAGGCUGCGCAUUGAAGAAUUAGAAUCCUUAGCAGCAAAUCGCCAGAAAGAGAUAUUUUCUCUCAAUGCAAGACUAGCAGCUGCAGAGAGCAUGACCCAUGAUGUGAUUCGGGAUCUGUUGGGAGUCAAAUUGGACAUGACCAAUUAUGUGUCAUUGUUGGAUAAUCAGCAAGUGCAGAAAAUAACAGAGAAGGCUAGACUUGAUAAUUUAGAAUCUCAAGUGAAGGAUCACGAGGUUGUCAAGCUCAAGCAGCAGCUCAAUGAAUUUGUUAAGGAGAGGCAAGGGUGGCUUGAGGAAAUUGAUAGAAAACAAGCUGAGCUAACUGCAGUGCAAGUAGCAUUGGAGAAUGUUCGUCAGCGAGAUCAGUUGCUUAAAACCGAAAAAGAAAUGCUCAAGAUGGAGAAUGUAAACUACAAAAAAAAGGUAUUGGAACUUGAAGGAGAAGUAAAGAAACUAUCUGGCCAACAAAACCUCCAACAACGAAUUCAUCAUCAUGCCAAAAUUAAGGCAAAAAAUAACAUGCUAAAAAUCCAAAAUGAAGAGCUUGGCGUCAAGCUGCGGCGAACAGAGGUUGUACUUUCACGUGUAAGAGAAGAGCUAAGUCAUUAUCGUGCUUCUAUCGGGAAAAGCCCUUGCAUUAAUUUCGACGAGGAGCAAUGUUUGAAUAACAAACUGAGGGAGUCUGAUGAAGACCGGGUGCAACUAGCGCACAAGUUACUGGCAUUGUGUACAAGUGUUUUAAAGGCUGCCGGUAUAACAAUGCCUAUUUCUGAUAUAUGCCCUGCGGCUGCUGAAGAGGCACUUGAACAACUCCAGAAUAAAGUCAUCUCACUUGAAAGAGAAUUGCAAAGUUUGACACUAAAGAAUAAGAUUUAUAGUGAAAGAAACAGAUUGUCGGAACUAAUGCCGCAGACUUCCCCUCCGGCGAGUGCAAGAACAGAUGAAAACUGUCAUACCCCGAAAAGGCCAUUUCUUUCCACAUUAGACCGAUAGCCUAAGUCGUAAAAUUUGAUCUUAAUUAUUACAUUUUGUGUAUAUAUAUUAAUCUAUCUUAUUUGUAUUUUUACACAAUUGUAUAUCUAAUCAAAGAAAGUAUACCUCGCGAUUUCUUUUAUUCAAAA